AUGGUCUCCUUUAGAGCCUUAAGACUGUUCCAGAAUGGAUUGAAUAUCAAUUCAUCAGCAAAAUGUCUUCGAUAUUGGACCCCAAGAAAGUUUGCCCAUGCCACAGUCAUUCUAAAUCGUUGUUGUGCCUCUUGCGAAAGUCCAUCGAUAGCUUCGAAUGUCGCAAAAGCUACCACAAUACCUCCAACUCCAGCAGCUGAUCAUCGACAACUAGGAAUUGAACAAGAAUUGUUUACAACUACUCCUUAUAGUCCUGGCUCACCUCUAUUUCUUCCUAAAGGCGCACGCAUGUUUAAAGCAUUGACCGAAUUCCUCAGUGCACAAUAUUCACAUUUCGGGUUCGAAGAAGUCAUAACACCUACAAUAUAUAAAAAGUCACUAUGGGAAAAGUCAGGGCAUUGGGAGAAUUAUGCCGAAGACAUGUACGCGGUGACUGGUCGUGGUGCAUCUGGUGAGACAAUAGGGAGUCAGAAAGGAGAGAAUGAAGAAUAUGGUUUGAAGCCAAUGAAUUGUCCGGGUCAUUGCUUAAUAUUCGCGUCAAAGCAGCGAAGCUAUCGUGAGAUGCCUAUUAGAUAUACUGAUUUCAGUCCAUUGCACAGGAACGAGUUAUCGGGUGCUUUGAGCGGGUUAACAAGGGUACGGAGAUUCCACCAGGACGAUGGGCACAUCUUUUGUCGACCUUCCCAGAUCGAGGAAGAGAUUUCUAGUACAUUGGAAUUUGUUAGAAUGGUGUAUACGACAUUGGGGCUUGGUCCGUAUAGACUGGCGUUGUCUACUCGACCGAGUGAUCACUAUAUUGGAACAAAAGAAGAAUGGGAUAAUGCUGAGACAGCAUUGAAGCAAUCAUUGGAGAGAAGUGGUCAACAAUGGACGAUGAAUGAAGGAGAUGGCGCUUUCUAUGGACCAAAGAUUGACAUAAUUUUGAAAGAUUCUGAUGGAAAAGAGCAUCAAACUGCAACCGUUCAACUCGAUUUUCAAUUACCAAAACGCUUCGAAUUAGAGUAUCAAGCUCCUGCACCAGAGAUUGAGGCAAAAGGAGAGACCACAAAUGACCCCACAUUGCUGGCUAUGCAAGGACCGGUGGCACCAGUUCUAAUACAUCGAGCUAUCCUGGGUUCCGUCGAAAGAAUGAUGGCAUUAUUGAUAGAACAUUACAAUGGUCACUGGCCAUUCUGGUUGAACCCCUCCAAAGUCAUUAUCCUUACCGUGAAUGAUUCAGAGGAAGUUGUAAAUUACGCGAAGGGGAUCCAAAAACAGCUGGCACAGGAUUCACAUCACAACAUAUGGCCAAGAUCGCGUUAUACAGUUGAAGUUCCAAUCGAGCUAGACUGUAGUCCACGAUCAGUCAAAAAGAAGAUUUCCGAAGCCAAAAGAAAACGAUACGGUGCAAUAAUCGUUCUAGGCAACAAAAAUAUCGACAAUAAUACUGUCACAGUUGACCUUUCAGGUAUCCCGCGGGGUGGGCACUCUCUUCCAGACCGGAACCUUGUGAAGCUCUUAGGUGAAGAUGUCAUAUUGGAGAAUGGCAAGGCAUGGGAAGAACAGCUAAAGACUUUGAACAUGAGCCCUUCAAGGUUACGAAGUGUGUUUACAUCACUACUACAUCUCUAUAUGUAG